AUGAGAGUUUUACCUUUUUUACUCGCCUCGACGAAUUUUGCGCAGAAUCCUAUUGAAGAGGACAAAAACAAAGAUGGCGAAUGUCAAAAUGUCCAGGUCCAGGUUACUGUCAACCAGGGCAGUUACAGUCAAGGCCGCGGAGGACGUCUUCGAUUCAGUGUUUCCGGAUACAGUCAGCUUGCUCGCGCGGCUCGAGUUAUUUCUGACCACUCGCGGCUAAAAAUGGAUCUCACACUUAUGGUUUCGGGCAGCGAAGUCGGCCUCCGAGAGCCGGUCAACUUUCCCGACUGGGCUGUGAUCGACGAUGGAAAGAAGGACUCGAAUACCUUUUGGUACUACUUUGUCAAUCGAAAAUCGAAGGAAAUCUCGAACCAGGCGAUUCAGCAAGGAAAGAUCGAAUUCGAGCUCUGGCACAACUUUGAUCGACAAUUGACGAAUCAGGAAAUCAAUCAGAGAAAUUUGGCUGUUCAAGCCUCCAAUGCCAAACUCUGCGAUGGUGGCUACAUGAACGAUUUCGUCGAGGAUCGACCAUUGAACAACAUUCCCAACGGCUGCACUGCUCUGAGCGCGAGCCAGAUCAAUCAAGCUUUCCGAAUGCAACAAAAUCAAGGUGGCUCAGCAAAUCUGCAAGUCCGAAGUCCCUCUGGAGGAGCCAUCGGAUGCGCUGGAAAGAUUUUCAUGGGUUUUGACAAUCGAUCCACGAAAAUCAAGACUUCUUUCCAAGGCCAAAAUGGCGUUGAAGCAUUCUACCCUGUUUCUCGAGCUGGAAAUCCUCUGAAUGAAGGUGAAGAUCGAGCAUCUUUCUGGGCAAUCGAGCUGAACGACAAUCUCAAACAUACUUCCAACACAAAUCUUCAAAUGCCACUCGACUUUGAUGGAUCCAUGGAGCAUACUCCCGUUGCCUUCAUGCUCUACUACUGCAACUUCGGCGAUGUCUCCUGCAUUGAAGGUCAAAACAACAACAAUAACAACCAGAACAACAAUCAAAACAACAACCAAAAUCAACAAAAUGGCCAGAAUCAACAAAAUGGCCAAAACCAGCAGAACGGUCAAGGCCAAAACAAUCAGCAGGGCCAAAAUCAAGGGCAGAACAAUCAACAAGGCCAAAACAACAACCAAGGUCAAAAUGGCCAGCAACCUCAGCAGCCGAAUCAACCUGGCCAAAAUAACAAUCAAACUGGCCAGCAAUCUGGCCAAAGCAAUGGUCAAUCUCAAAACGGAGGACAGGGGCAGAAUGGUAAUCAAGGAAAUCAGCCCGGACAACCCGGUCAACCAAAUCAGCCAGGCCAAGGUCAAAAUGGCGGUCAAGGCCAAAAUGGCGGACAGGGGCAAAAUGGAAAUCAACCUGGACAGCCCGGUCAACCGAACCAGCCUGGUCAACCCGGACAACCAAAUCAGCCCGGUCAACCUGGUCAACCAAAUCAACCUGGUCAGCCUGGUCAACCUGAGCAACCUAGCCAAGGCCAAAAUGGUGGACAGGGUUCAGGCGGAGGUCAAGGAAACGGAGGAGGCCAAGGACAACCUGGAAACCCUGGUCAACCUGGAGCACCUGGACAGCCAGGAAACGGCAAUGGCCAAGGAAAUGGUAACGGCCAAGGAAAUGGUAACGGCCAAGGAAAUGGAGACGGCCAAGGUCAACCUGGGUCGGGAGGAGGUCAAGGUCAGCCUGGCAAUCCCGGACAACCUGGAAAUCCUGGCCAGCCAGGAAACGGCGGUGGUAACGGACAAGGAGGCAAUAACGGGAAUGGUGCCCCUGGUCAACCUGGAAAUCCCGGUCAGCCAGGAAACGGCAGUGGUAACGGACAAGGAGGCAACAACGGGAAUGGCCAACCAGGGCAACCAGGAAAUGGCGGAGGAAGCGGUCAAGGUGGUAACAACGGAUCUGGUACUCCUGGUCAACCUGGCAAUGGUGGCGGAAAUGGCAAUGGUGGCAACAACGGAUCCGGGCAACCAGGACAGCCUGGAACUGGCGGAGGCAGCGGACAAGGUGGUAACAACGGAUCCGGCACCCAUGGCAAUGGCAACGGAGACGGCAAUGGCGGCGGAAACGGCCAAGGAGCUGGAAACGGCAAUGGAAAUGGAAACGGCAACGGAAAUGGAAACGGCAACGGCGGAUCUGAGUACAGCUACGAUUUCCCGGCUAAUGUCAACGAAGAUCUUUCUGGCUACUACUCCGAAAGCCAUACCGAUGCUUUUUCAGCUUUGAAAAUGAACGCUAUCUUCUCGGAUGUAUUUUCUUUCCGCGGAUUCAACCUUGCCUCUGGAUCCUUUGACGGCGAUGCAGACUUCGAUUUCGACUCUGAUCUUUCCGGCUAUGGUUGCCACUGUCGCGCGCCCGGGGGAAAAGCAGGAGGAAAAGCGGUCGAUGCCAUUGAUGCUGCUUGUUUGACCUGGAGAAAAUGCCAUGCUUGCGUCGCGAAUGCUUAUGGAAUGAAAAAUGGAGAGACGUGCUCGAGAUAUCGAGUCAGAAACGGCGUUUGUGCCAAUAACGCGCAAGAUUGCCGCCGUGGAAGCUGCGAAUGCGACUUCCAAUUUGCCCAAACCCUCUCUGAUCUCAAGAAUUCCAUCUCUUCCGCCUUUAUCAACUACGAUGAUGCUAAUUGCUCAGCAACACCAUCUACUGAUUCCGGAAAUGGAAACGGCCCAGUUUGUUGUCGAUCAUCGUCGACGAAUCUCUUCACAAAAUUUGCCCCGAAUCGGGAAAUUUGCUGCGAAGAUGGACGAGUUGUAGAAGUUGGCGAUCUGUGCUAA